AUACAUCGUCAGAUUAAUCGGUAGAUUACUUGAUUAUUAAUAUAAUCAAUAGUCACAUGGUGGUGCAGUGGUUAGAACUGUUGCCUCACACUUCUGGGACCCGUGUUAAAGUCUCCGCCUGGGGUACAUGUGUGUGGAGUUUGCAUGUUCUCCCCAUGUUUCCUCCGGGUACUCCGGUUUCCCCCCACAGUCCAAAAACAUGCUGAGGCUAAUUGGAGUUACUAAAUUGCCCGUAGGAGUGCAUGUGUGAGUGACUGGUGUGUCAGUAUGCCCUGCGAUGGGCUGGCCCCCCAUCAUGGUUUGUUCCCUGCCUUGUGCCCAUUGCUUCCGGGAUAGGCUCCGGACCCCCCGCGACCCAGUAGGAUAAGCGGUUUGGAAAUGGAUAGUCACAGCCCUCAUUCCAUUUUUGGAUCCUAAUCAAGAUCUCUCUCAUCACGAAAUGAACAUACAAACCUCCCCAAGUUGAACCACACUACAAUUACCAAAAAUACUGACAAACAAAACAACACUUUCUUUGUAUCUGUAAAAGCCGCAUUCGCAAUGGCUUCAUGCACCCUGGAUCACAACGACAACUCAGCGAUUAAGGGCGGCAGCGAAAAACCGUCCUGGAUCGAGCCUGGCUUGGAGUGCCUCUCACUCCGAACCGCCGACUCCGCGUCUUCCGUCUGAAGCAGGUGCUGACAGGCUCGGUACCCGGCGUUACACCUGCAGUCUGGCCGCUGAGAAAGACGCUGGAAAUGAAACGCGUUAUAGAAAAUACGGCUCCGGGACCCAGGAGCGCAUGUCAAAGCCAACGCCGUGCAGCUGUUUCCUCGGAAUUUCAAUUCUUAUCUCAUGGAUGCCUCGAAUAGAAAAACAUCAAAGAAGAUGGUUUUGUGUUAUUAAGGUGGCCACUGUCUACGCCCAUGUGCCCGGCCCCAGCGUGUGUCGAUAGGAAGCAAGCAGCUUUUUAAAACAUUUCCAGUGUCUUUUUUACACCUCCUCUACUCCUUGACGCCUCCCAUAUUUCCCUCUGCCCUCCUUGUUCCCGUUCCGGCUAUGGUGGACUCAGGUGCUAUGAGGAAGACGUUCACGGUCCCGGAGAUCAAACCUCUGGACCAGUACGAUUUCAAGCGAGCCAAGAUCUGCGCCAGCCUGGCGUGGCUGCUGUCGAAGUGCUACGGCGGCGGAGAGAAUGUUCCGACUGAGUUACGAGACCCCUUCUACCUGGACCAGUAUGAACAAGAGCAUGUCAAGCCACCUGUCACAGGCCUGCUGCUGUCCACAGAGCUCUACUGCCGUGCAUAUGGCCUGUUACUCAGGGUGUCACCUCCUAAAGAUUGUACCACCGUCCUCCAGCUUAUGGCUCAGAAGGGGGUCGUCCCAAGAGACGAGGAUGCUGCACUGACUGAGUCUCAGCUCCGGCUGGCCCCCAUCCGAAUGAGUGCUCAUCUGGCAUUGAUCGAUGCACUCAUGUCGGUGGAUGCCAUAGCAACAAUCAGCAAAGUGAAGAUGCCGGCUGUAGUGGAGCAGUUGUGGGGCAGAGCUAGUUGGGAGAACGGUAUACUUUACUGGAUCAACAAGCUAAUACAAAAGCUGAGAGAGAACACAGAAGGAGAUAUGAUCCAGAAACCUCAGCCCAGUACGGAUCUGCAGCCUGUCCAGCCUUCGUGUCCAACCCGAUGGUACUGGAAACUCGUUCCUCAUGCCAUCGCUUUUUGUUUGAAGGAGUCUGGGAAUAAACCACCUGUGAUCCGCUACAGGAAGGACAAGAUUCUUCCCAAACAGACGCCAACAUUUCCACUUGUCACCAGCAUACGGGAUCUUUCCAAUGGUUGUGCUAUGGCCACAGUCGUCCAUUACUACUGCCCCAGCCUGCUGCCCUUAGAGGACGUGUGCCUGAAGGACACCAUGUCAGUGGCAGACAGCCUGUAUAACUUGCAGCUGGUUCGGGAUUUCUGUAACACCUGCCUACAAAGCUGCUGCCCCCUGGCUGUGGAGGAUCUGCUGUACACCUCGCCUGCACUGCGGGUCAACAUCAUGAGCUUCAUGGCAGAGCUGCUGGGAUGGUUUGAGGUGCGCAAGCCGGACUUCGUGCGUCCAGUGGAGCCUCUGGAUCUUUCUGAUCCAUCUGGACUGAUUGACUGCACAACUCCACCAAGUGGGAGCAGCAGCAGUGCCUCUCCCACCUUCAUCUUUAAGCAGCCCUUGGUGAUAAAAUCAUCUCCGAUGUCCCCUGGAGCUACAGCAGAGGGUAUUGGAAGAGCUUGGGCUAAGAAACAGAUCCGCCGUCCUCUGUCUGCUGUGUCAUUCAGCAUUCCUUUUGGCCUGGACAGUGACGUUGACGUUGUCAUGGGAAACCCUGUGGGAACCAUGGUGCGGUCAGUGAGCUCUGACAGCUUGAAAGCUGGAGUACCAGCAAUGACUCGCGUGCCCUACACCCCUCCAGAGGACCUCAGCCAUCUUAUGACUGGAGGCCCAGGGACCCGCCACAAGAACGGACCUGUGGAUGUACCCUCCACGGAGGAGAUCCUGCAGGUCCUCCACAGCCAAGGCAAGCUGGAACGCCGGCUUUGUCCAGAAGGAGCUCCAGAUGGGUUCUACCUGCAUUCGCCUGAUGAGCAUGGGGGUGCCGCUCGUCUCAGCAGCUCCGCCCCCUCACAGUCCAGUAUGCUGUACCGGCCACGAGGUGAAACUCAGGAGCGCCGCAAUAAGCACAGCUUGGGCGAGUCUCGAAAGGAAGACUCUGUUCUCUGUGUCAUUAACAUGGAAUCAGAUACAUCGAGAUAUCCACCAAAAGCACGAUCUACCCCAGGAACCCCUGCCAGUGUAUCAAUGCGAAAGCUCCAGCCAGAUGAUGGCACAAGGAUGACCAGUUUUGCUGAACGCAAGAAAAAACUAGCCCCUGACACACCCCCUGGAGAGACCCCCAGCCUACAGAUGACCUCCUGGGCCCAGAGAUCAGAGGAAAGUCCCAGCAGGAGCCAAGCCCUCACCUCGGAGAUGUCAGAUCUGGGAGCAAAGCUUGAGGAAAAGCGCAAGUCCAUUGAAGCACAGAAGCAGAGAAUUGAGGCCAUUUUCGCCAAACAUCGGCAGCGACUGGGUAACAAUGCGUUGAUGCAGCUACAGAAACAGCAAGCGGCAGGGGAGGAAGGAGGGCCUGUAGCAGGUGAGCUCAGCGCCUCCUCUGGGAAAGAGGAAAGUUUGAGCAGACCAGCCCCAGAGGAACAGCCACUGCAAGACAAGGGCAAGGAGGAGACCAGCAAGCCACCAUCACCACCACCCAAACUGGAGAAACAGGUGACUUUCUCCAUGGAGACAGGGACAAGCUUGCAGAAGGCUGAAGAGAAGCUGGUGGGACCAGUGCCUUUGGGAGACUACAGUGACGCGGUGUCCAAGCUGAAUGCAGCCCUCAGCUCCCUGCAGAGUGACAUGCAGCGACUUUCUGAGCAGCAGAAGAUGCUCAUGAACAGGCAGAGCUCACCCUGCUCCCGAGCUUGGGUCAUCCCCACCAGCCGCACCCUUCCCCACCGUGAUCCGCCUUCUGCGUCACCAUCACCCUCUCGGAAGGCGCCAAGCGCCUCCACAUCCCCAAAACCCACUCAGGCGUCCCACCGACGAGCUCGAUCUGUGCCCCCUAAGUCUCCGGGGCACCAGCAGCAGACUCGGCCUCAUGAGCUGAAGAUUGCACCUGUGACGCGUGUCCUCACCCCCCAGAGGAAUGUAGAUAGUUUGCAGCACCUCCGCAAGGUGUCACCCAGCCAGUGUCAGGUGCAGACAUGCUCAUCCUUCAGCAUUGGUGAGCUACCAUCCCCCCCGCUGGUGGGGGAUAACUCAUCAGAGACGGGCUCCAGUGAGGAUCACACAAUAUUUAGCCUUGAGCUGGAAGACAGCACAACUCUGCCUGCAGGGGGUCAGGAACUUCCAGCUGGACAGACUGGCAGUUCUGGGGCCCCUUCUGAGUGCUCCAUGGACAGUGACACUAUGGGAGCCUACAAUAGCAAGCACUGCAGCCUGAUGGAGAUCUCCAUGUCCUCCUUGCCAGAGCGUGGGGGGGAGGAAGGGCCCCGUGUUUCUUCUAGCUCCAUGAGUAGUCAGUCAGAGCCAGAGAUGAAAGGGGGGAGUGGAUUGUUCCUCAAGGAGGAGGAGAACCAGCUAGAGGGUGAAAUGGCCCAACCGAGGGCAGCACUGUCAGACAAGCAGCAGAAGAGGGCAGACGAGCUGAAGAGGCACCGGCAGGAGCUGGAGAGAGAAGACAGGACUACCAGCAGACUUGCCUCUCUUGAGGAUCCUAAAUCCCGUUGGAUGGAGGAGAGACCUGUGCCUGCCUCUUGCCCCCCACCACGGCGUGGGGACUUCACCCGGCAAGAAUACCAGCGGCGGCAGCAAUUGAAGCUCAUGGAGGAGCUCGACAAAGUGCUGCGAAGCAAGGCCACCAGCACACGUGCCAUCAAAAAGCAGCGGCCCAAAACAGAGUUCCGAGACGACUCGGGUCUGUCCCGCAGUCCAGCUAAGGGCUUUCUUGGUUCACAGCUCAGUAAGGUUUACUCCCAUUCCAGCCAAAAUCUGUCCUCUAUAGCCAAUGACUCUGGAAAUGGUCUUAGCUCCCCAGUGGUGAGGAAGUCCCCCAGUCAGCCUCAUUCCCCUGCAAGACUAAUGUCACCAAGUCGACUGGCCAGUCAGAAUGGAGAAAAGGACUGGGAAAAUGGCUCAAUGGCGUUGUCUCCAGCCUCCAUCCCAGAAUACACUGGUCCCAAGCUGUACAAGGAGCCAAGCUUCAAGUCCAAUAAGUUCAUCAUUCACAACGCUCUCUCUCACUGCUGCCUGGCUGGAAAGGUCAAUGAGCCACAGAAGAACAAGAUUGUGGAAGAAAUGGAAAAGAGCUCAGCAAACCACUUCCUGAUCCUGUUUCGGGACUCCAGCUGCCAGUUCCGGGCUGUGUACACCCUGAACCCAGACUCGGGAGACCUGGCACGCCUGGCUGGCAUUGGGCCGCGGCUCGUGGUCUCGUCUACGGUGGAUGCCAUCUACAAGUACAACUCGGAUCGCAAGCAGUUUACCACCAUUCCAUCCAAAACGCUGUCCAUGAGUGUGGAUGCUUUCACCAUCCCGGCACACCUGUGGCAGAGUAAAAGGCCCAGCACGCCCAAGAAGCCAGGAACACCCAAAUAAGCCUCUGCUGGAAUGAAAACUUUGUGGGAGACACAGGCCUUGGUAGUCAGGAGAGUGAAAGUAACUUGGAUUAUUCCCCAAAAACAGCUGGACUGGAUGCAAAAUACUUGAACAUUGCUGUUGUCCCUUUCAGGGUUUGUACUCCAGGCUGGAUGUGAGGCAGCUCUUCGAUGACUUCUCACUAGCCUUGAUUCUGCCUAAGGCAUUUUAUAUGACUUUUAUGUUCAGUUUUGAAUUUGAACUGAUCUUGUGAUUAAACUUACUAUUUAAACAGAAUUCCAAACUGUCUGUAACUGAACCGUAAAAUGUAAAGGAUGUGUGUGUAUACACUGAUCUUCUGUAAAUAUUUUUUUCCAAAAAUGGUGAUGGUGGUGUAUACAAUGUAUAUACGAAUAUAUGUAAAUUUAAAUGCUCAUUGUCUUGAUUUUAAACUAUGUAUGGAAGUGACUGGUGAAUAAGAAAGUUAGCAUGGACUCUGUGUGUAAGGACAAAUUCAGUUCCACUGACUGCAAAAAUCUGGCCACGAGGUCUUCUUAGUGCUGUAGUCUUGAAUAAAGCAGGUUUCAUUUCAACAUCAGGAAACAGACUUGAGGUUGUUUGCUGUUUGCCUGCUCCUGCAGUUCUGAUCAAUCUCUUUGACUCCCCCUGCAGGUCUGAUCCGCCUCUUUGCCUCCCCCAGUAGAUCUGAUCAGUCUCUUUGCCUCCCCCUGCAGAUCUGAUCAGUCUCUUUGCCUCCCCCAGUAGAUCUGAUCAGUCGCUUUGCCUCCCCAAGUAGAUCUGAUCAGUCGCUUUGCCUCCCCCAGUAGAUCUGAUCAGUCUCUUUGCCUCCCCCAGUAGAUCUGAUCAGUCUCUUUGCCUCCCCCUGCAGUUAUGAUCAGUCUCUUUGCCUCCCUCUGCAGAUCUGAUCAGUCUCUUUGCCUCCCCCAGUAGAUCUGAUCAGUCUGUUUGCCUCCCCCUGCAGGUAUGAUCAGUCUCUUUGCCUCCCCCUGCAAAUCUGAUCAGUCGCUUUGCCUCCCUCUGUAAGUCUGAUCAGUCUCUUUGCCUCCCCCUACAGAUCUGAUCAGUCUCUUUGACUCCCCCUGUAAGUCUGAUCAGUCUCUUUGCCUCCCCCUGCAGGUCUGAUCAGUCUCUUUGCCUCCCCCUGCAGGUCUGAUCAGUCUCUUUGCCUCCCUUUGCAGGUCUGAUCAGUCUCUCUGCCUCCCCCUGCAGGUCUGAUCAGUCUCUUUGCCUCCCCCUGCAGAUCUGAUCAGUCUCUUUGCCUCCCUCUAUAAGUCUGAUCAGUCUCUUUGCCUCCCUCUACAGAUCUGAUCAGUCUCUUUGCCUCCCCCUGCAGAUCUGAUCAGUCUCUUUGCCUCCCCCUACAGGUCUGAUCAGUCUCUUUGCCUCCCCCUACAGAUCUGAUCAGUCUCUUUGCCUCCCCCUGCAGGUUUGAUCAGUCUCUUUGCCUCCCCCUGCAGAUCUGGUCAGUCUCUUUGCCUCCCCCAGUAGAUCUGAUCAGUCUCUUUGCCUCCCCCUGCAGAUCUGAUCAGUCUCUUUGCCUCCCCCAGUAGAUCUGAUCAGUCGCUUUGCCUCCCCAAGUAGAUCUGAUCAGUCUCUUUGCCUUCCCCAGUAGAUCUCAUCAGUCUCUUUGCCUCCCCCUGCAUGUCUGAUCAGUCUCUUUGCCUCCCCCUGCAGGUCUGAUAAGUCUCUUUGACUCCCUCUGUAAGUCUGAUCAGUCUAUUUGCCUCCCCCUGCAGGUCUGAUCAGUCUCUUUGCCUCCCCCUGCAGGUCUGAUCAGUCUCUUUGCCUCCCCUUGCAGGUAUGAUCAGUCUCUUUGCCUCCCCCUGCAGAUCUGAUCAGUCUCUUUGACUCCCCCUGUAAGUCUGAUCAGUCUCUUUGCCUCCCCCUGCAGGUCUGAUCAGUCUCUUUGCCUCCCCCUGCAGGUCUGAUCAGUCUCUUUGCCUCCCCCUGCAGAUCUGAUCAGUCUCUUUGCCUCCCCCUGCAGGUCUGAUCAGUCUCUUUGCCUCCCCCUGCAGGUCUGAUCAGUCUCUUUGCCUCCCCCUGCAGAUCUGGUCAGUCUCUUUGCCUCCCCCAGUAGAUCUGAUCAGUCUCUUUGCCUCCCCCUGCAGAUCUGAUCAGUUCUUUGCCUCCCCCUGCAGGUCUGAUCAGUCUCUUUGCCUCCCCCUGCAGGUCUGAUCAGUCUCUUUGCCUCCCCUUGCAGGUAUGAUCAGUCUCUUUGCCUCCCCCUGCAGAUCUGAUCAGUCUCUUUGACUCCCCCUGUAAGUCUGAUCAGUCUCUUUGCCUCCCCCUGCAGGUAUGAUCAGUCUCUUUGCCUCCCCCUGCAAAUCUGAUCAGUCGCUUUGCCUCCCUCUGUAAGUCUGAUCAGUCUCUUUGCCUCCCCCUACAGAUCUGAUCAGUCUCUUUGACUCCCCCUGUAAGUCUGAUCAGUCUCUUUGCCUCCCCCUGCAGGUCUGAUCAGUCUCUUUGCCUCCCCCUGCAGAUCUGAUGAGUCUCUUUGCCUCCCUCUAUAAGUCUGAUCAGUCUCUUUGCCUCCCUCUACAGAUCUGAUCAGUCUCUUUGCCUCCCCCUGCAGAUCUGAUCAGUCUCUUUGCCUCCCCCUACAGGUCUGAUCAGUCUCUUUGCCUCCCUCUACAGGUCUGAUCAGUCUCUUUGCCUCCCCCUGCAGAUCUGAUCAGUCUCUUUGCCUCCCCCUACAGGUCUGAUCAGUCUCUUUGCCUCCCUCUACAGAUCUGAUCAGUCUCUUUGCCUCCCCCUGCAGAUCUGAUCAGUCUCUUUGCCUCCCCCUACAGGUCUGAUCAGUCUCUUUGCCUCCCUCUACAGGUCUGAUCAGUCUCUUUACCUCCCCCUGCAGGUCUGAUCAGUCUCUUUGAGUCACCCUGCAGGUCUGAUAAGUCUCUUUGCCUCCCUCUACAGAUCUGAUCAGUCUCUUUGCCUCCCCCUGUAAGUCUGAUCAGUCUCUCUGCCUCUCCCUGCAGAUCUGAUCAGUCUCUUUGCCUCCCCCUGUAAGUCUGAUCAGUCUCUUUGCCUCCCCCAGUAGAUCUGAUCAGUCUCUUUGACUCCCUCUGUAAGUCUGAUCAGUCUCUCUGCCUCUCCCUGCAGAUCUGAUCAGUCGCUUUGCCUCCCCCAGUAGAUCUGAUCAGUCUCUUUACCUCCCCCUGCAGGCCUGAUCAGUCUCUUUGCCUCCCCCAGUAGAUCUGAUCAGUCGCUUUGCCUCCCCCAGUAGAUCUUAUCAGUCUCUUUGCCUCCCCCUGCAGGUCUGAUCAGUCUCUUUGCCUCCCCCUGCAGGUCUGAUCAGUCUCUUUACCUCCCCCUGCAGGCCUGAUCAGUCUCUUUGCCUCCCCCAGUAGAUCUGAUCAGUCGCUUUGCCUCCCCCAGUAGAUCUUAUCAGUCUCUUUGCCUCCCCCUGCAGGUCUGAUCAGUCUCUUUGCCUCCCCCUGCAGGCCUGAUCAGUCUCUUUGCCUCCCCCAGUAGAUCUGAUCAGUCUCUUUGCCUCCCCCUGCAGGUCUGAUCAGUCUCUUUACCUCCCCCUGCAGGUCUGAUCAGUCUCUUUGCCUCCCCCAGUAGAUCUGAUCAGUCGCUUCACCUCCACCUGCAGGCCUGAUCAGUCUCUUUGCCUCUCCCAGUAGAUCUGAUCAGUCUCUUUGCCUCCCCCAGUAGAUCUGAUCAGUCUCUUUGACUCCCCCUACAGAUCUGAUCAGUCUCUUUGACUCCCCCUACAGAUCUGAUCAGUCUCUUUGCCUCCCCCAGUAGAUCUGAUCAGUCGCUUUGCCUCCCCCAGUAGAUCUGAUCAGUCUCUUUGACUCCCCCUGUAAGUAUGAUCAGUCUCUUUGCCUCCCCCUGCAGAUCUGAUCAGUGUCUUUGCCUCCCCCUGCAGAUCUGAUCAGUCUCUUUGCCUCCCCCUGCAGAUCUGAUCAGUCUCUUUGCCUCCCGCUGCAGGUCUGAUCAGUCUCUUUGCCUCCCCCUGCAGGUCUGAUCAGUCUCUUUGACACCCCCUGCAGGUCUGAUAAGUCUCUUUGCCUCCCUCUACAGAUCUGAUCAGUCUCUUUGCCUCCCCCUGCAGGUCUGGUCAGUCUCUCUGCCUCCCCCUGCAGGUCUGAUCAGUAUCUCUGCCUCCCCCUGCAGAUCUGAUCAGUCUCUUUGCCUCCCCCUACAGAUCUGAUCAGUCUCUUUGACUCCCCCUGUACGUCUGAUCACUCUCUUUGCCUCCCUCUACAGGUCUGAUCAGUCUCUUUGCCUCCCCCUGCAGAUCUGAUCAGUCUCUUUGCCUCCCCCUGCAGAUCUGAUCAGUCUCUUUGCCUCCCCCUGCAGAUCUGAUCAGUAUCUUUGCCUCCCCCUACAGAUCUGAUCAGUCUCUUUGACUCCCUCUGUAAGUCUGAUCAGUCUAUUUGCCUCCCCCUGCAGGUCUGAUCAGUCUCUUUGCCUCCCCUUGCAGGUAUGAUCAGUCUCUUUGCCUCCCCCUGCAGAUCUGAUCAGUCUCUUUGACUCCCCCUGUAAGUCUGAUCAGUCUCUUUGCCUCCCCCUGCAGGUCUGAUCAGUCUCUUUGCCUCCCCCUGCAGGUCUGAUCAGUCUCUUUGCCUCCCCCUGCAGGUCUGAUCAGUCUCUUUGCCUCCCCCUGCAGGUCUGAUCAGUCUCUUUGCCUCCCCCUACAGAUCUGAUCAGUCUCUUUGCCUCCCCCUGCAGGUUUGAUCAGUCUCUUUGCCUCCCCCUGCAGAUCUGGUCAGUCUCUUUGCCUCCCCCAGUAGAUCUGAUCAGUCUCUUUGCCUCCCCCUGCAGAUCUGAUCAGUUCUUUGCCUCCCCCUGCAGGUCUGAUCAGUCUCUUUGCCUCCCCCUACAGAUCUGAUCAGUCUCUUUGACUCCCUCUGUAAGUCUGAUCAGUGUCUUUGCCUCCCCCUGCAGGUCUGAUCAGUCUCUUUGCCUCCCCCUGCAGGUCUGAUCAGUCUCUUUGCCUCCCCCUGCAGGUCUGUUCAGUGUCUUUGCCUCCCCCUGCAGGUAUGAUCAUCUCUUUGACUCCCUCUGUAAGUCUGAUCAGUCUCUUUGUCUCCCCAUGCAGGUUUGAUCAGUCUCUUUCCCUGUCCCUUCUGUUUAUUACAGCUGUGUUACCUAAAUGUUGCGAAAACGUUCCUACAAAUAUGAUAAAACAGACAUCUUGGAGACAUACUCAUAAAUCCUUUAAAAGUUGGUGGUUUUUAAGUAAUAACAUAUGUCAGUUUUCACCUGUUUUAGUUGAAACAUUUGGAUUAAAAUGAGAAUCCUCAGGAAUAACAACAUUCUAAUGCUCUCACCAGCUUCAGCUUUCCUGCCUGUCAUGUCUCCCGUGUGCUGAAAAGAGCUCGAACUUGGUUCAAAGGACUGAGCACAUUCUGCUAGUGGCAUGUAUGUCUUUGUGCUUUCUGUACAUUUGUAAAUAAAAAUGUAAUGACUUUUGCUCCCUAA